CCGCGCCAUAUUUAAAGCGAAAAGCCGUUGGCGGUUUUCGUACACUUCGAGUGGAGAGACAGCCCUUCAGAAAAAAACAAAAGAUCCUAGACGGAAAGGGUCAGAAUCUUCGGUCUUUGAUGAAGUGGAAGUGUGCCGAGUUCGUAAGCAUUCUCGAAACUCAAGAAUGCUCUGAGCAUGACUUGGACUGACCGCGAUGAUCGACUUAACGAAAGAACUCGGUCAGCGAAUCGAAGACUACGAAAUCACAAAGCUCCUCGGCAGAGGUGGCUUUGCCCAUGUCUACCAUGGCACCUGUCGGAAGACUGGUGUCGAUGUUGCAAUCAAGAUGAUCGACAAGGAGCAGAUGCGGGCGGCGGGACUCACUUCGAGAGUGCAGCAAGAGGUCUCCAUACAUUGUCGACUCCGGCACCCGUCAAUCGUCGAGCUGUUGACAUUCUUUGAAGAUGACGCGAACGUCUACCUCAUCGUGGAGUUCUGUCACGGGGGCGAAGUGCAGAAGUACUUAGAGACGCGUGAAACAUUGAGCGAGACGGAGGCUCGGCAUUUCCUAGUGCAGGUCGCACACGGAAUGCAAUAUCUACAGAGCCACAACAUCUUGCACCGAGACCUUUCACUGAGUAAUCUCCUCCUGACUCAGGAUCUACAAGUGAAGAUCAGUGAUUUCGGUCUAGCUACCCAACUAAGGUACCCCUCCGAAAAACACACGACAAUGUGUGGAACUCCAAACUACAUACCUCCCGAGAUCGCGGCCCGCUCCGGACACGGGCUAGAAGUUGAUCUGUGGUCGUUGGGAUGCAUGCUGUACACUUUCCUCACUGGAUCGCCGCCAUUCCACGAUCCCAAAAUUCGGUCCACGCUAACGAAAGUCGUCAUGAGCAGUAUCCAAAUCCCCAGCAAUUUAUCGGCGGAGGCUCGAGAUUUGAUUGGAAAGUUAUUGCAGAAAGAUCCUAGACAGAGGAUCCGACUUUCGGAGGUGUUGUCGCAUCCCUUCAUGUGCAGGAGCGUGUCCCUUCUAAAUAGGGCUCGCCUACCGGUGCCCUCCAAAGCGUCGAACUCUGCCUACGGUCCCAAACCCAGUGAGCCCCUGAACACUACUCGUCUCAAAGCCACGCGAAUCAAGUCCGGCAAAAUGAUGCUUUCCAUCUUGGAUACUGGUGAGGUGGUCGUCGAGUUCCUCAAGGGGGAAAUGAUCAACAGCGUGCUGAGAGUGUCGUCCGACGGACAGUGGAUCGUUGUUUACCAGCCGAGGAUCGCCUGGCAUCCGACGCAGGCUGCAGGACUGCCGUUGGAUGGUACCGACGACAGAUUCUCCUUCGAAAGCUUGCCCAAGAUGUUAUGGAAGAAAUACGCGAUUGCGUCGCGUUUCGUGCACCUCGUCCGACAGAAAACAGUGAAAAUAAUUCUAUAUCAGGGUGAUUCUGCUUGCUUCCUCAUGGAGAAUGGCGAUGUUGAGAUCAAAGAUGCCGGUAUCGCCGGGACGCCGAAGAAAAUUGUGCGACAGAAAGACGGUACUAUCAAGCUGAACAAUCAAGUUGUUUCCCCAUCGUCGAUAGAUGCUAAGGAUUGGCAGUUCCUACAAACGGUUGCGCUCAAACUAUCGGCUCUGGAAGAGUCCAUCUGCGCAGUCGAUCCGAGUCCAGAGAUGUUCCCGGCUAUAUUCGGUCGACGCACAACUACGAAUGGAGACACUUCGACGAGAUCCAACCUCACCCUCAACACGAACUUCACAUCACUCGUCGACCGCAGCCCGGAGUCGGUGCAGUCUUCGAAACUCGUCAAAGCUCGAGAGGUUCACGUCGACGGUCUCGGAGUGGCUAGGAGGUUGCCUUCGGGCGAGAUCAUCAUAGAGUUCUACGAUCGAACCAAAGUUGCCAUCGAAGCUCCGAUGGCGGGAAGAGCGAGCGAGUUUUGUUUCGUUAAUCGAAACGGUGUUAAAACAUCCUAUCCGGAGGGCAGUUCUAUCCCGAUCCACGUUCGGCAGCGCCUAGGACACCUUCCGAGAGUCAUCGACCUAUUGAAGUAGCGCAAUCGGUCGAAUGAGUACAUAUACCCACGAGAAAGUCAUAUUUUGUACAAAUUCCUGGAAUACGAUGAUUGAACAAUGAAUAAAGUCGGUCGUCCGAG